ACCACCAGUAGCAGUACCACUACCACCGAAUAAUAAUAAGAAAGAGAGGAAAGAAAAACGAGGCAGGAGAAGCUGAAGGAGAAGAAGGAGCGUAAAGUCCAAACAAGAAGACAAAACCGAGAACCCCCCCAAAAAAAAAAAAAAAAAGAAAAAAGAAAAAAUGGCCAACGCUGCAUCUGGUAUGGCUGUGAAUGAUGAAUGCAAAUUAAAGUUUUUGGAGCUCAAGGCAAAAAGAACCUAUCGGUCUAUAGUUUUCAAGAUCGAGGAGAAGCAGAAGCAAGUUGUGGUGGAAAAGGUUGGUGAACCAACCCAGAGCUAUGAGGAUUUCAGUGCGAGUCUUCCUGCAGAUGAAUGCCGUUAUGCUGUUUAUGAUUUUGAUUUUGUUACGGAAGAGAAUUGCCAAAAGAGUAGGAUUUUCUUCAUUGCCUGGUCUCCUGAUACAUCAAGGGUGAGAAGCAAAAUGAUUUAUGCAAGCUCCAAAGACAGAUUUAAGAGAGAGCUUGAUGGCAUUCAGGUAGAGUUGCAAGCAACCGAUCCUACUGAGAUUGGUCUUGAUGUCAUCAGAAGCCGUGCCAGCUGAAUAUGAAUUAUAUAUAUGCAGGCCAUCUGAUGCGAUGGGAAAGUUACUUCCUUCAGCCUUUUUUUUUCUUUUUUUUUCCCCUUGGAGUGAAAUAUUUUUAGAGUUUGUGAGAUAGCAACUUGGCUAAUUGUGGUUAUCAAUUUUCCAAGUUCUACCAUGGUCUCUUAUUCUCCGUGAACAGGCAGAGCAAUGUGGUUUCUGAUAUAUCAUAUAUCAUCUUAUAUAUUUUUAUCUAUAGAAUCUACUUGUUGAGUGGCUGGCUGAGUUUUGAUUUGUGUCGACGAAACUAAUAUGUAGCUAUUUUUGGGGGUUAGACGACACCUACAAUUCUUUUUCAAGUGCUGUAUAUGACCCUUUUUCCCUUUUUAUUUUGCUUUUAUUAUUAUUAUAUAUAUAUCUGAUUUAUUA